CAGCAGUGACACCUCUCAACAGCCUUUCCCAGGGCAAUUUUCCUGUCAGGUGGUCCACCCUGCGCGAAGCGAGUCAGCGGCAACGACGGGUUACUCCCAGGGUUCCCGCCCAGCCACGUCUCCGUACGCUGGCUCCCUCCCUCAAUCACCUCUGGAGUUUAGAUUCUAGAUUCGUUCGGCUCCAAAUCUAGAAGCACUUCUGGUAAUCCGAAAGGAAGCGCACCCGCCAGCAGAAAGUCUAAGUGCUAAUCCUGCAAUUGAUUUAGUUCUAGAACGCCCAAGUGCUACCACCAGACGCUCAGUUGCCGUUUCCUCAGAAUCCAACCUUGACCUCAGUACUGGCAAUGGCAGGCGAAUCGUACUAGGAACCAACGGCCUCGGGAGACUAGACCGCGGCGCCAUGGGGGGUAAAUACGUCGCUUGUAGCACGUAACUCGUAGCGCGUCAUUUGUACCGCGAAGCUUGUGGCUCGGAGCCGAGUCUCCUCUUAGCUAAGUGGAACCCGACUUGUUUCAAAGGACGCAUCAAGUCGGGAGAGACUUCUGAAGAGAAAGAUUCAAUCGCCAUGGCGAGCAGACGGCGAGAAAGCAGCCACUGUCCGCAGAAAGCCUUAAGACCAUCGCAAAUAUCCCCCGCCACUAUCCUACCAUCCUCCUCUUCCUCUUCCUCCACCUCUAACUCGUCCCUUAAUUCACGGUCACAUCUUCUUAACACGUCGCCCCAUCCCCCCCCUCCUGCCGCGUCGCCUCCCCUGUCCAAUUUUGCGGCGACCCCCGCGCGUCGAAGGGCAAGGGCGGCACGGGCUUUUAGUCGCAGUCUGCUCGUUCUCGCGCUGCUAGCUGCGUUGUUAGCGGCGGCGCUCUGCCCGUCUCCCGCGAUUGGGAGAAAGCACGACGGCGGCGGGAAACACGGCGGAAAGCACGGCGGUAAGCACAAGCAUGACAAGAAAGGCAAGCACCAUCAUCGCAGCAGCAGCAGCAGCACCAGCGCCACCACUACCAGCACCACCAGCACCAGCACCAGCAGCAGCACCAGCGAAAGCGACAUCGGCCGCGCGAGGGCGAGGGAGGAUUCUAGAAGCGAGAUCUCUCUAGCGAGCACCCUGACCACUCAAGCCCCCGCCGACGCGACGCCGCAGGACCUAGGCGCGACGGCGAACGAGGUGGUGGUUCGGACCGAGGCGGAGCUAAGAGCGGCGAUUAAAGCCGGGAAGCCGAUCCUGCUGGUAGCCACCGUGGUGCUGACGUCACCGCUGCCGAAUAUAACGACGGCCGUCACGAUUCGUGGGCAUGCGACGGCGUGCGCCGACCUGAAGUUCAACCUCUGUCGCAUCGACGGGCGCAGCAGGAACCGGCACUUCACCGUGACGCGCGGCGGGCGGCUGCAACUGACGCUGGUGAUGCUGAGCCGUGGGUACACGCGCAACGGCAGCGGCGGCAGCACGCUGCUCGUCAACGGCGGAGUCGCGAUCCUCAACCGCGUCUACUUCCGCGGAAACUCCGCCUUCGGCACGACGGCCGGCGGCGGCGCAAUAGAAGUGGACGAGGGCAGCAAGCUGUACUCGACCGCGUCGCACUUCAUCCGCAACCUGGCCGGGUUCGGCGGCGCGAUCGGCGCGGCGGACGGCAGCACGGUGAGCCUGUACGGCAACAUCUUCCACCGCAACCUCGCGUCCACGGCGGGCGGCGCCAUCUCCAUGCUGCUCAACACGCAGGCCACCAUCCGCAAGUCGCAGUUCACCGCGAACGAAGCCGGGCAAGGGGGAAUCAUUCACCUGGACGCGUCCAACAUGACUCUGUGCAAUGCGACCUACUGGAACAACAACGCUACACUCAUGGCGCCCAAUGUCUUAGCACAGACCAAGUCCACUGUGGUGCUCUGCAGGGUGCCCACGACGGCUGUUGUCGCAACAGACGGCUCCACCGUCGCCCAGGCCUGCACCCCCUGCAUCUAGUUUCUGCUCUGCUCAGUGCCUUGGUUCUGCUAUGGCGGCGGUGGCAGCGCCUCACGAGGAGUCUUUUCUUCUGCAUUCCUUGUGUCUAGUUGAGCGUCCUGGGCCAACUUACAAUGCCAGGCCUAAGGUGCAGUUGGUUAUUUUAGACUCAGCAGCAGUUUUAUGAAUUUUCAAGGAUGUUCACACCAAGGUGAAUGACUGUAUUUUUCAAUGGGGGUUGAGGUGGUGUAGUUUAUGCAGGGGAGCAGGCUGGGUUCGCAAGCAACACACUGUUCUUUAGCAUAGUAGGAGGCGCCAUGCUUUUUCUAGUUUUGUGACUGGGCAGGGCAGUCGCUUAAGAGUGAGUAAUCCACUUGAUGACAUGCUAUUGGUAUGUGACGAACAUGGCAUGAUAU